AUGUCCAAAGCCCGCGACGACGAAACAAGAUGGUUCCCCAUCGGACAGACAGUGGAAACACCUUCGCGCGCUGCUCGACGGACCAGCCGUGCCGUGAAGGAUGGUGAUGACGACAACGACGACGAUGAUGGGGCCACCUUUGCGUUUGCCGCCGAGGACAUGGGCAAAUUGAACCGAUAUCUCCAUGGUGGACGAGUUUUACCACGCGAUAAAGACAGUUUCUGUCAGAAGGUUGGCAUCUUGGACCAGAGCAAGCUCACCGACCACAUCUGGACCCAGAUUAAUAGUUUGAUCGGGACUUACAACGAGGCAAGUCGAGACUGCACCGAUUUCCUUGGUGGUGACAGUAGCUCUGAAAACCGCAGACAGUGGACGAAAGAGGAUGAUGGCGAUGACAGCGCCUUUGAUGCCCUCUGUACUUUCGAUAAGAUGAACACCCUUGCGUCGCAGAUUUACGGGUACGCAGACACCGCCGGGGCGGAUGACAGCUCUUAUUAUCGGUUCAUGCUCGACAAGUGCAGGGAGUACAAUGAUGAAGACGCAACUGAGGAGCAGAGGCAGAAGGCCCAGAAAGCCAUUCAGGAUGUCACGGAGGAUUUGCUGAGUGAUAUCGAACCGAUGCAGCGCCACGCUAAGAAGGUCUCGGAUGCCCUGGCUGCGUUUGAAAAAGCCUGUGAGAAGAGAGAGAGUGCGCUCGGGGACUCUGAAGCUAGCAUGACCACCAUUCUCAACGAUGAUCUGGGAGACAUCAGCGAUUUGCAGCAAAAGAUUGUAUCGCAGCUUAAGGAUAUUGACGCCGAUCAGAAAAUAAUCGAUGCGGAUCGCUAUGAUCAAGAAAUGACCGCAGCAUACGUUUGGAUCCCUAUCAUGGGGACAAUUGCUGGCUCCAUCGUAUUCGCGGAAAGACAGGCAGAUAUUGAGAAAUACGAGAAGAAGAUUGCGGCCCUCAAGGAACUGAUCAGCUCCGAGCAGGAAAAGAUUGCACUGCAUCAGCUACUACAAGGCCAUGUCACUUCGAUGUCGAAUCAAUGCCGGGACCUGAAAGCACUCAUCGGUCCGGCUAGAGAGACGGCCGAGAAGCUCGAGGGUGGCUGGAACUUGAUAGGAGCUGAGGUCAAGGUGGUCCACGAUACCGCGGAGAGAUUUGAAAACAAGAUCCCCGGCGUGGACUUUGCUGAGUACCAGCUCCAAACUAUUGUUGAUGAGUGGAAAAAGCUCUAUAAGGGUGUCAGGGAGUAUAUCAAAACGGCCCCAGUCUUACCGAGGACCGAUGUCAUGUCAAUUGAUGACUACCAUGAUCAGAUCAAAAACUUAAUCAAUUGA